AUGACGUCAUGGAAGAUUUACAUUUGUGGCGGAUUCAAUGGUCAAGAAUGUCUGAAUUCUACGGAAUAUUACGAUCCGAACACCAAUCAAUGGACGCUACUGAAACCCAUGAGGAACAAACGGAGUGGCGUUGGGGUCAUUUCGUAUCGAGGUCAUCUCUAUGCUCUAGGCGGAUUUAACGGUAUAACUCGUAUGAACACUGGCGAGAGGUUCAGUUUUGCCACCAAUUCGUGGCAGACGAUACCGGAGAUGUAUAACCCUCGAAGUAAUUUCGCUAUUGAGGUUAUCGAUGAGAUGGUGUUUGCUAUCGGAGGUUUUAAUGGCGUUACUACAAUAUUUAAUGUAGAAUGCUACGACUCCGGCACGGAUGAGUGGUACGAUGCCACAGACAUGAACAUCUAUCGCAGUGCUCUGAGUGCCUGUGUCAUACGAGGUCUACCAAAUGUUCAAGAUUAUAUCCAUCACGAAUAGCACAAACUAUAUCAACAUAUACCGUACAUUUGUGUUUAUAAUGCGCAGUUUUUAACCCAGCAAACUAUAUCAAUCCAUACAGAAUAUUUGUCCAUUCAUUUCAUUGCAAAAAUAUACCAAAUAAUAGCAAAAUAAUAAGCCAAAUGCAUGAGUAAAGAAUAUACCAAAUAAACAAUUUUGUAGCUUU